AUGCACACAACCUCAGGUAUAAAGUCUUGGUUUUCUUUUCAAUUAUGUAUUAAAGGAUUGAGCUCACAGGAGGCUACAUAUGUGAGGAAUCAUCAUUAUCUAACGCAGAACCAUUUGGUGAAGUUUCUACAGAAAGUUAAUAUCCCGGAAUUUAAUAUGAAUGAAUUCCUUCGACUAAGUUCCAACAGUCCAGCGAAUAUGGCUACCGCUGUUUCCGGAGGAGGGUAUCGGUCAAUGUUAACAAGCUCUGGAUUUCUCCUAGGCAUGCAGAAUUACGGAUUAUUCGACGUCUCAAGUUAUAUCGCAAGUAUUUCUGGCGGUAGUUGGACCGUAAUGAAGCUCUUACUAACGAACUUCAACAUUUCAGAGCUCCAAAAGUGGAAUAUUGGAAGUAGCUUGUUGGAAGGUGUGCCGAACUUUGAGUUCCAGAAUAGGGAAAUUAUCCAGCAGCUUGAUGCCGCCGCCAGCAGACAGGAGGUUUUUAUGGACGAUGCAUUUUACAAUGAGUUAAAAGAACACGCAACAGUAUGGAAGAGAAAGCUUGAUGAGAGCAAUUUUGACUCGUCCGUAAUGGACGUACGUGAAGGUCUCGAUUCCAUCUAUAAAUCGUCGUCUAAACUGGAUAAACGGUCUUUAGAGACCCUACUAAAAUUCACAGAAACGCUUGGUGAUGUCUUUAAAGGCAACAAUGACACCAACACGGGCACGCAUGACAAGAAGCUAGAAGACAUCAUCGGGUCCUUCUCAAGCUUCAGAAAAGUCCUUGGAUUCUACAUCAAUUUGCAUUCAGAAGUCCGGCCUAAAAAGAUUAUGGGGUUCCCUGUCUCAUUCACCGACUACUGGGGCCGAGCAUUAUGGAAGAAAAUAUACAAUAAAUCUGCUAGCAGUUCUAUGUCAAAACUCUUUGAGCAGAGUGAGAGUGUUAAGAAAUUCAGUGCUCCAGUGCCAAUCAUAAUUGCAAAUUGCAAGAAUGAAGAGCAGCGCAACAUAGUGUUUGAAUUCACUCCAUUCGAAUUUGGGUCUUGGAACAAGCUACUAAAGCUGUUUGUAAAACUACGCUACCUAGGUUCCAAAAUUGUAAAGGGUACUGCCCAGUCAUGCGUCGAAGGAUUUGACGAUAUCGGCUUUAUUACAGCAACCUCAUCGUCGCUUUUCAAUAACGUGCUUAUUUAUGCUUGGCAACUCGCAGCAGACUCUUCUCAGGAAACGGUGAAGGCCAUUAGGGCGUUGUUCUCGACCUUUGGAGUUAAUCUUAAGAACAGAGGCACAAAUGGAACCUCGUUUGGUACAAGAUCUGAUUUUGCAUUGUUCCAGCCAAACCCAUUCCUACAUUAUGUUGGUGUGGAUUCCCCACUUACCAGAACCGACAAGCUUUACUUGGUGGACGGCGGUGAGGACGGCGAAAACAUUCCCCUUCGUCCGUUCUUACAGCCUGAAAGGAAUAUAGAUGUCAUCUUUGCACUAGAUUCAAGCUCUGGAAAGCAAAAUUACCCCACAGGUUCAAUCCUACGCAACCUUUAUGAAAACAUCCAUCAUUAUGAUGAAUCUGCUACUAUUCUUGGCCCCAACGGCAAUCCGCUAAAUGUGGACUUAAUGCCAUAUAUCCCCCGCCCCGAAGAAUUUAAAUCUCUAAGACUCUUAGAACAUCCCGUCGCCUUCGGCUGCUACCCCUCAAGUUACUCGCCAAGGAAUUCGUCCGUGUCUCGGCCGGCUGGUAAGCUUCCUCCAAUUAUAUUCUACCACUCGAACAAGAACCUAACAUACAACUCAAACACAUCCACCUUCAAACUCAGUUAUUCCCUAAAGGAGGUCAGCGGUAUGCUAAGUAAUGGAUGGGAGAUAUUCAUAAACAAGAAAGAUACCUCAUACUUACAGUGUGUUGGAUGCAUUAUUAUAAAAAGAAUAUAUGAUAACACUGACACUACCAAUGCCUUACCACUAACUUGUCAAAGAUGUUACAAAAAAUACUGCUACAACUAA